AUGGACGCCGGCCGCCCCAAGCGCAGUCGCGCUAGAGUCAGCUACGCUGAGCCUACUGAGCUCGACGACGACAUUGUAGUUGAAGAUGACAUCGCCGUUGAAGACGAAUCCGCCGCCGCCGUCCCUNNGCCUCAGAUGAUGCCCCCACCGAAAGUGAACAUACUGAAGACGAUGGCGACUCCGACUCUGGCUCCGACCAAGACUGAUCCUGUCCAGAGAAAGCUCAAAGCUCAGCAGAAGAAGCUGGUGCUCAGGAAGAAUCUGAAAAAGCAACCCAGGAAGAUCAAGGAGGUGCCCUUCCCCUUCAUGGAGCUGCCACCAGAGAUCCGUGUCAUGAUCUACAAGACAUGCCUCGUCGAAACCACCAGAGACCUCAGCUUUGUCCCCAAAUCCAAUGGCUAUGAAUUCUCCCGCGGCGUCAUGGAGAAGACUGAGUACAACGGUCACUAUAGUUACAAGGUCAAGCGCGCCAAGCAAGAGUCUGACCGCACCGUCCUCCAACCCGUUAUUCUACGCAUCAACAAGGCUACCAGAGAUGAGGCCCUCCCAUACCUCUAUUCACAACCCUUCCACUUCGCCACUGCCCAAGCCUUCCAGCUCUUCUUUGCCCACCUCACUGCUGCAAGCCGCAUGUCCCUACGAGAAAUCACCAUCAAUGGCUGGAGCGACUCCAGNAACCCCCGUCGCAAGGACGUCCAGGCCGUCUUUUCGCUCCUUAUCUCAGCUACCAACGUUAGAUCGAUCUUCCUCAAUCGACACGUCUGGUCCAAUCAGGACGGCCCUGCUUCACGCCACUGGCGCCGUACCAGCACCUUCAUCAGCGACCCUUACCGCUUCUGGCUUGACAUCGAGUUCUGGGCUUUUGCUAUGGAUGUUGCCCAUGGCAAAGGUGCUGCCAAGGCUGCCCUGAAGUUCACUAAGCUGUGUUUUGGCUCCGUCAAGGAGAUUGAGAACGAGGACGAGGCUGUCGAGCAGCGCGAGAAAACCUUCAUGAAAUCUCUUCACUUCUCUGAGAAGGCUGAGAAGUAG